AUGGCGCCGCGCGCGUGCCCGGGGUGCGCCGGUCGAGGAUGCGUCGCGCGAUCGCCCGCGCGGGCGAUGACGCGCGCGAUGUGCGCGCCGACGCAUCGCGAGCGCGCGUCGACGGUGACGACGCGAUCGAUGCGAGGUGACGAGGAAGACGCGAGUGCGAGCCGAACGCGCCGAGACGCGUUGAUCGCGCUCGGCGGGGCGACGCUGAGCCUGGGUGGGGUGGACGUCCGAGCGGCGCGCGCCGAGCUCGGGCCGAACGACUGUCUCGAGUGCGGCGGGCGCGGCGUCGUGGCGUGCGACAUGUGCGGAGGCACUGGGAAAUGGAAGGCUCUCAAUCGUAAGCGGUCGAAGGACACGUACGAGUUCACGGAGUGCCCGCAGUGUUACGGAAGAGGCGUUCGCGUGUGUCCGGUGUGCUUUGGCACCGGCGAGCGCAACGUGAAGGGUUUAUUGCGCCGAUCCGAGUCCACUGAGCUCGUGAAGGCGAUGCAGCGCGGGGAACUUCGACCGGGGGAUGUUCAGUCACUCAUUGAGGAGGGACGGGCGAGGAAGGGAUUGGACAGCGGAACCUUUGACGCCGCUCCCGCCAAACCGGCUCCCACGUCGCCGGCGCAGCGCGAGUUCUUGUAA